AAGCGGGUUUUUACCCUAGCUUUCGAGGUGUGCCCGUUGACCUGUUUGAUCCAAAGUCGAGGAAGUACAAAAAUAACAUCAACUUCGUACAGAGUAUUAGGCCUACAAGUGUUCAGUUGAAAAUUCUUGUUUUCCGCAAAUAACAGCUAAACACCAUUAGGCCCUACCGACAGAUGUUUCUGUUCGUCACAAAUUCCACGGUGUCUGUGUUGGAAGGAUUUACGUUUCGAAAACAACUGCACUGGAGUCAUUGACAAGUUUUGUUUUCUCUCCACCAUUGGGAGUAAUUAUGACAACUGGAAGAAUGCGUCGACAUAAGUUUGACAUGACAGUGGUGUAUAGUCUAUGGCUUAUCGUGUGGCUGGCUGCAUUAUGUCAUCGGAUUAGGUGUGAUGAUGUCGUGUCUGGGUUCACUCAAGAUGGCUCCUGUGGCAUAGUUUCAUGUGAUAAUGAUACGCUUAGUAGCAGCUCGGACGUUUGUAAUAUCACCGAUCCACCAACAUUUACACCGACGGUCUCGAAAGUAGUAUUAUUCAGAGAUUUGUGUGAGCCAACCAUAACAACCAUGCCCAUCACAACGUCCCCGCCCACAACCCAGAUUACCACAACGGUCCCUCCCAUAACUACAGCCCCGCCCACAACUACAGCCCCUCCCACAACUACAGCACCGCUAACCACAACAGACCCUCCCACAACUACAGCACCGCUAACCACAACAGACCCUCCCACAACUACUACUUCGCCCACCACAGUCCCUCCCACUACCAUCCAGUCCACUACAACCGCCCCGCCCACAACAGAAAACCCUACCAUAACAGCGCAGCCAUCCACAACAUCAGCUGUGAACGUCGCAACAUCAGCGCCCAUUUCAACAGUACAGCUUACCACAACUGCAGAUGGAACAACCAAGUACACCACAACUGGCAAACCCAUAACACAACAGCCCACCAGAGCACAAACCACUUCAACAAUUAAGGCGACUACAAUGAGGCCUGCAACAACAUCGGAACCGACAACUACAGAAAUGUCGACCACAACAGCUCAGAAAACUACAACAGCUGAACCUACAACCAAACCCACGACUGCGACUGAACAGCAGCCAACAAUUGAACCCACAACAAGCCAAAUACCUGACGUAACCCUUAACAUAAAUAGGCCACCUACACCCACAACUGAAGCCUCAACAACAGAUCUGGGCAACGCGGGGAAUGCAACUGCCACAAUGGGUGUGGUAAUUCCCAUUUCAUUACUUGCCGCUUUCAUCGUGAUGGGCAUAUUACUCCUCAAUCUAAGACCGAAUGCUUUGCCUGGAAACAGCCCACUCAAUCAGAAUUCUACAACACCAUCGAGUGAUUUUCCCUCUGGUAUGUCACCGAGUUUUAACGGGAGUGCUGCCAAUUCUGGAAUAUCACAAACAAUUUAUUAUAAUCCAUUGGUGACAAUUGGUCAAAGGGAUUCAAACAGAUUAUGGAGAAAUAAUAACAUUCCAAUAUAGCUAAUUCUAAAUUACACAAAAAAAUGUAUG